GAUGGACGGAAGUGCGGCUGAAGGUAAUUCCACCUUUCAUUUGACCUGUCCUUCUACGCAACCAGAGGAUCCCGGAGUAUAUGGCUCUGGCGGUAUCUCAGAUCCCCAUUGUUCCUCUGAUCAGCAUGUCAAUGAUCUGGGGCUUACACUUUCCCCCGGAUCGCAGCAGCUGCAGCACCCAGAACUCCAGAACGACCCUUUCCUGGAAGCUGUCCUUGAUGGGCUUUCCAACAAUCCCAGCCUCUGGGAAGACAUCGACCUUCCCGAGCCUCCUGACUACGGUUUUCAAACAUCAUUUGACAGAGGAGAGAGCCAUACGCAUCGCAAGAGAUCGAUUGAUGAAGCAUUCGAUGGUGAGCAUGAUGUCUCUGUUCCUUGCCAGAAGAAACAUCUCGCAGGCUCGCAGAUAAAUCCAGACAUCGGGCCUCAAGAAUCCGUGCCGCUGGCAAACUACGAAGACAUCGAACGCCCAGCACCCGCGGCUUCUGCCAACACCGAGAGGGAAGCGACCCCUGACUCUCUCUUUGAUGAGCACACUCCUUUUGCUUCUAGCACGGAUGAAGAUUCCGGAGGUAGCCUGCUGGAAGACGCUACCAAUGAGACUAUCAGAACGGAAUUAGCGGAAACGCCUUCAGUUAGCGAAGACACGAAGCGCCGCUUCGGUCUCCGUACGGAUGACUUGGAAGCUGCAAAAACCCGAGAUUUCUUCCAGGGCUUCAGGCAGCCACCUGCGUAUCUGUCUCCUUAUCCUCGUUACGGUGGACCUCUCGGAUAUCUACCAUCUACCCCCAACAUACAUCUCAAAUGUAUCCAAGUCACCAGCGAAAGGGUCCACGACCAGAUGCUAAACUACCGCCGCAAAAUCCAGGCGCUCACAAAUGACCGCAACCGGUACUUGAAUCUCUGGGAGAGAUGGAACACCCUCGACCCGGCUACUGGAAAGUCUCGGGAGCAGCUUAUCAAGGAGGAAAAUAGGCAGCUCAAGCGGGAAUCCGACCGCCAAGCCAGCCAAAUUGCGGAGCUGAGAGAGGAAACGGAGAGAUGGAGAGCCUGCUACAGCAGUCUCUCGACGACAUACAAUAACCUUCUCUACGAUAUCUAUAUGCGCAAUCAAGCAGGGGCCCGGGAGAACCUACCGACCGUGGCCCCUCCACCGCAAGGUCUCCAACUGCAGCAUCCAGCAGCCCUGCCCCAAGGUUCAUUGCCCGUCCUAGGCCCUCAGAUGGCGGAAAAGCAGGGCCAACAACAGAUGCAAGGAGGCGCAGCUGUGGCCGAUUGCUCGAGGCCCAACCCUCGCGCGCCUCCCAGCCCCUCUGUCACUCCCGUUUCGAUUCCGACGCCUGUGACCAUCGACCUCACUUUCGAUGAGUCGGACGCUGCGCCUCAGUCACGGAACACGUCUCCCCAUUCCCAACCGGCCGGAGAGCCUGGCGGCCAACUGCGCCAGUCUUUCCGGAGUAAGACCUACAACUGGCUCGGUGAUCGAAACCAUAUGAGGGGCGGAUUCCGGCCACCGCCUGGAUAUACGCCUGACUGGAACCCAGACAGCCGGCGCUCGUCUAACAGCAGCCAGCCCAGUCCCACGACUGCGACCAAUUACUCGCGACCGAGCACUGCCGACCCUGCGAACGUUCAAGGUGCCGUCUAUGUUGAAGAACAAGCCGAUGACGAAGCCGGUUUGGACGACGACGAGUUGGCGCGGUUGCUGGAGCAGGAACUCGCAGGGCAGUAGUUAGAUCGGGAUAUUAUCAAGAGGUGGCACCUUGGGAAUUCCGAUAUAGACUGGCAAGUCUAACGUUUACUACUACCUGUGGUCCGGUUGAACUGUAGUGUUUGUUGGGCGUUUGUCGGAGGCUUUGUUUUCUUUUCUUUUUUUUUUUUUUUUUUCGAAAUCGUAUGAGAU